AUGCAUGACCUGUGUACGCAGUUCUUGUCGAUCAAAGGCUUUCUUCUCCCUCCCCCACCAGCGCUUUCCUUUUCUUCUGGUCAAACCAUCCCCACACACUCUGCUAUUCUUUAUCAGAAUGAUGAGGGCAUCUAUCAGCAAGAAGACGUUGUUUCUGUCGUCCGUGAUCAGCAAGACGUCCUGGUCCCAUCAGACGAGCCUCCCUCUUUUUCAGAGGGUACGAGAUCAAGACUUGAUGUCCCAUCCUCAGACGAUGGUCUGAAGGAUCCUGACCUCACGCAUAAACCCGCCCUUGAGGUGGCGAACGAGCCUCGACUGGCGCAAGCACCUCAGACGAAUGAAAUAGUCCAGCCUACUUAUAAGCGCGAUCCAACGAGUGUGGACGAGCAAGGCGCCGAGCAGACUGCCUCAGACCAGACGCAAGGGCGGGUGACAAACCGGGUUACUCGCAGGGACUUGGUUGCUCAUGAUCGCAAAAACAGAUGCCCUAGCCGCGUCUUCAUUUAUUCGAUCCGAAUUAGAGCGGCUCCUCUCUCAUACACCACAGCGGCUCCUUACUUUUUCAAUGCAGGCCCAAUCCACACCACGCCUACUUACAACGUCCUCCUGCUCGGCCAGACGCAAGUCGGGAAGAGCACCUUUGUUCAAGCGGUCAGAAAAUAUGCAGACCCAAACUGCAAGAUCGAUUUCCAGACUACACCACGCGAUCCGGUUUCUUAUGCUCAAAGAUCCUUGAAAUAA